AUGGGAGGAGAGGCAGUUAGUGAAGAAGACAAAGAUGCCACUAUGGCAAAGUUAAGAGAAGAACUAGAGGCGACGAAGGACGUUAAAGGAGCAAAGAAAAAAACUGUACCGCACGAGUUUAGCUUUGACAGAAUUUUUAGCCACAACAUGAAUCAAGAAAGCAUCUUUGAAGAAGUAUCGCAACUUGUGCAAUCAGCACUGGACGGAUACAGGGUAUGCAUAUUCGCGUAUGGUCAAACAGGGAGUGGGAAGACCUAUACGAUGGAGGGAGAUGCGAGUGAACACACCAAGCGAGGAAUAAUACCAAGAUCAAUUGAACACGUUUAUAUGACCUCCGAAGAUUUGAAAGAGAAAGGAUGGGAAUAUAAGAUGGAAGCAAGAUACUUGGAAAUCUAUAACGAGAACAUACGGGAUCUGCUGGCCUCUGACGACUCRCUCAAAUACGAGAUAAAGAUGGUGGGAAACGGAAAGACAAACUCAGACUCUGAAGUGACCGUCACAAACCUAAAAGUUAUACCAGUUGACAACGAAAAACAGGUUUUGUCGCUUCUGAAAACUGCCGCACAAAAUCGCUCUGUUGGCGCAACCAAAUGGAACGAAAGAUCCAGUAGAAGCCACAGUCUAUUUAUUUUAAAAAUAAGCGGAGAGAACACAAUCACAGACGAGAAAUGCCAAGGGACCUUAAAUCUUAUAGACCUUGCGGGAUCGGAAAGAAUAAGUCAGUCAGGAGCCGAGGGGAAACGUCUCAAAGAAACUAAAAAUAUCAACACUAGCUUGAGUAACCUCUCUAACGUGAUAAUGGCUUUGGCGAACAAGGAUAUUCUGCAAAUUGGUGCUGCGUUUUCAAGCUAUGCCGACAUUGACAGUGCAAAGAAAGACCACGAAGAACAGCAUGCGUGCAAAUUAAUAAAAAAAAGAGUAUAA